AGCGCAGACCUUCCGUCCUUCCCGGAACCGGCACGGAGAAAAACACAGACCGCACAAACGGCACGCCAAGCGCAGGCAACGAGCAGGAGCCGGUCCUGACGCCAGGACGAAGGGGCCGCCCUUAAACAUCCUGCAGCGCUUGAAGCCUGGUGCAACACUCUGAUGGCAGCUCAGAUGACCAAUGCUCAUCGACGGUUCUUGCAGGUUCUGAUGUCUAAUGGGAUAACAGAAGGAUCAGAGGCCAGAAAAUUACACCAGCACUGCUGUGAAACUGAUAAAGUUUACUAUGCACACGAUAAACUGGAUGAUUUCAUCAGCACUAUUAACAGCCACCUGCAGCCUUUGUUUAUGCAGAUCCGGAAAGGAAUCUCAGAAGAUGAUGGGAGAGCACAUUAUGCUGUAGUGAAUUUGGCAGAAACUGAAGUAACUAAAAUGGCAUCUGACUAUACAGAAAUUGAAUUGGAAUUGUUCAGAAAAACAAUGGACCUAAUAAUUUUAUCAGAAAAUGGCUUUGCCUCAUCUACAGAUAUUUUAAACUUGGCUGACCAACUUAAGACAAAGAAAAUGAAGAAAAAGGAAGCAGAACAAGUGCUGAAAGUUUUUGUGGAGGAUAAGUGGCUCUCUGAGAAAAAUGGAGACUACACUCUGCAUACUCGUUGCAUAAUUGAGAUGGAACAGUACAUUCUCAGCAACUACCAGGAUGUGGCAAGGAAAUGUAACAUCUGUCACAGCCUCGCCAUCCAGAGCCAAGUAUGUGAAUCCUGUGGAAUUGGAAUGCACUUACCUUGUGUCAGAAAGUACUUCAGAGGCCAGACUGAACCCCGCUGUCCCAAGUGUAAUGAAUUCUGGUCUUGUGACACCCCAGUUUUCUUUACAGGUGUGAAUCGGAUGGGUUCCCAGACUUACCACAGAGCUCCACUCUUGGCCCUAGAUGAUGCCAGUAAAACUUGAUGUCAGUGACAUCUGUUUGCCCCCACUCUGGCAGAACAGCCAGACUGUAUUGUAUUCAUUAGUAACAGUGCUCAGUGUACUCAUUUUCUGAAGUUUUAAGAAUCUUACAAUAAAACUAUCAUUGAUGUUCCUAUUCACA